CGUUGUGUUGCUCAUCAGAAUGGAUCAACACUGAAAAAAAGGGGGAGCAAAAAUUUUGGAGCUAUAUUAUACUAUCGAAGCGGAAAUGUCGUCAAUCAAUAAAAAAUCCCAAAAAGGGUCCACUUUUCGAGUUACGGCUGGGGAAAAAUCUCGUUCAACCCAUCGCGGGUCAGCGGGAGAUAAAAAGGCCGAUGGCAGUAGCUCAGAACCAUCAACUAUGCCGGUUUCAGUGCUGAAUGAGUCCGAUUCCGAUUCGGAGAGGCAUUCGGAAGCACAGCCGGCUACAGAUGUUACCAUUUAUAAUGCUUACGAUAUGGGACCCGCUUUCGGCUGCAAGUUCCCAGUGCCAUUUAUACGAUUUAUGGUUGAGCGUGUCAUGAGUGAAAAACUAAAAGGUAAAGUCUAUCAAAUGGACACUGCCGCUAAGCUGACGCGUGAUGUAGCAGAUGGUGUGAAUCUGAAAAUGAAAGGAUUCUGUCUGCAACACCGUUACAAGCACGUGGUGAAUGUCUGUUUAUAUCAGCAGACAGGUGCUGGUUUCUUCUAUGGCUUCCGUGCAGUAUGGGAUACGCUUUCCGAUGAUUAUAUUAGUAUGUCCAUUGAUGUGGGCUCCUUCAUUUGCAUUGUCUCUGUGUUUGGGUGUUAUCAGUAUUGAAUUAAACUACGCACAGCAUUAACA